GCUGUGUACCUCGACAAUAUAACUUCGGCCCACUGACGUUGUCGCUGUCGGGAGUGAACAUGGCAGAGGCGAGUUGGGGAGAGAGGGUCGCAGAGAAGGUGUUCUCUCUCUAUAACUCUCUCCCAAAGAAAGGGAAGCCUCAGGGCCGUGAAGUUACCGUCUUGGCCGCUUUUCUCCUCACUUCUCCUUCUCAAGAGCUGGAAGUCGUAGCAUUGGGAACUGGGACCAAGUGCAUCGGGCGCUCGCUCCUGAGCCAGCGCGGAGACGUUGUUAAUGACUCGCACGCUGAGAUUAUCGCACGGAGAGCUUUACUGAGGUUUUUCUAUGCACAGAUUCAAUGUCUUGCUCAUUUUCAUAGCAAGCAGAAUUACAUUGAUGGAAGCAACAAGUUGCAAGGUUGUGAUAUCAACGACUUGCCUGUUCAAUUAGACACUGGUAGUCUUGGCCAAGUAAAGUACACAUUGAAGCCGGGUUGGCAAUUACAUCUUUACAUAUCACAACCGCCAUGUGGGUUUGCUUCGCUCAGUUGUCUGUUGUUUUCUCCCAAAUGUAACCCAUCAAGAGAAAGGGAUUCACAACCAUAUAUGGGCGACCUCAACAAUUCCAUAAGCGAACCUUGGGAGGUUUCGAUAAAGAAUAAUGGUGUUGCUUCACAACACAUUGGUUCAGUUCAGAGAAAGCCUGGUCGGGGUGAUACAACGUCAUCAGUUAGCUGCUCUGACAAGAUAGCCCGUUGGAAUGUUAUGGGAGUCCAAGGAGCGCUGCUUUCCUACUUUCUUUUGCCCGUUUACCUUUCCUCUGUUACUGUUGGAGGAUCCCCAAACAGUCCUAAAGAGUUUCGCUUAGAGGAUUGCUUGAGAAUAGCUUUAUAUGAUAGAAUCCAACCAUUGUCGAGCGAGAUAACAAGCCCCUUUCAGGUGAACCAGCCACUAUUCUGGGCAGCCCCAAUACCACCAAAGGAGUUUCAGCAUUCUGAGACAGCCUUGAGUACCUUAACAUGCGGGUAUUCAAUAUGUUGGAAUAAGUCUGGCUUGCAUGAAGUCAUUCUUGGAACCACUGGAAGAAAGCAAGGCACCUCUGCCAAAGGAGCACUUUUUCCAUCUACAGAGUCAUCUCUAUGCAAAAAGCGAUUAUUGGAGAUUUUCUUGUCACUAGAACAUGAAUGCCAAACUGAAUACCCAGCCAACAAGAUAUCUUAUCGAGCACUCAAGCAAAGGGCUCAAGAAUAUAUGACGAUGUCAAAACUUUUUAAAGGAAGUCCACCUUUCAGCAAUUGGCUAUUGAAACCAGUAGAUACUGAGGUCUUCUCCAUUUUCAGAUAGUGAGGCAUAUGACCCAUUUCUUCAUCCAAAGUGAAAGACGGUAAAUAGAUGUACAGCAAGUGCAUGACGUAGCUUUCAUGGAGGAAAGUCAAUAGUUAAUGAAACAGCAGUUUUAGGUCAUUUAGAGAAUGGAAGUAGUCCAACAAUGAAGCAACGUCUUAAGUGCCUUUAAAGGCAUGCUCAAUCGAGAGAACCGCCAUCGCUUAUGCUGUCACUGCAGCUCUUACAGUUCAUUGGUUAGUAUGAAUGGGGUGAACGUUCCUCCAUUGUAGCUGAGCUGUGCCAUCAACCCAUGUCGUUGGCAUGCCUAGAGUUGGCCGGAAAAGUAUAGGUAACUUUUGAUUGCUCAGCCAAAUGUAACCGUUUUGAUCUUUUAUUAAUUAGUUUGUCAAUAGAAAUACCCCAAGUUUAGAGAUGUUUACAAAUCAUAAGGUUCGUUUGGUAUUAGUGCUACUAUAAAUCCAAUUCUUAAUUUUCAGAUAUAAUCUGAUCUUGGCACAUUCUGGGUAUGAAUAGGGCAAGUG